AUGAUGCUGAAGAAGCUGAGCUCGUCAAUAGCCCCGCGGUGCAUGCAGACCAUUAAAGGUCGUGCGGCCAUGAGCACUAAGGCUGUCGUGGACACGUAUGAAUCGCCUGACAAUUAUUUUGAGAAGGACCGUAUCGAUGCUGGGGAUCCAAGCAAGCGUGCUUUUACAUAUUUUAUGCUAGGAGGUGCGCGAGUAGCUUAUGCGACCGCAGCACGUCUUGCUGUCGUGAAGUUUGUUGGAAGUAUGAGUGCUUCCGCCGAUGUGUUAGCGCUUGCUACGGCUGAAUUUGAUCUGAGUAGCAUAAGUGAAGGAUCGACAGUUACUGUCAAGUGGCGUGGUAAACCAAUUUUCAUCAAGCAUCGGACGGCCAGAGAGAUUGAGAUUUCGAAUCAGGUGGACGUUAGCAACUUACGCGACCCUGAGACAGACGCUGACCGUGUGCAGAAGCCCGAGUGGCUUGUGGUACUUGGUGUGUGUACACACUUAGGCUGCGUUCCCACGUCAGACGCUGGUGAAUAUGGUGGCUGGUUUUGUCCCUGCCAUGGUUCCCAUUACGACCUCUCCGGUCGCAUUCGCAAGGGCCCUGCCCCGCUUAAUUUGGAGAUUCCUCCAUACCAAUUCUUGGACGAAAACAAGAUUCUUCUUGGCUAA